AUGCCCACUAUUCCGUGUGAUAAGGCUGACCUUUACGAGCUUUUGGGUAGAGAAUACACCACCGAAGAGUUCGAUGAGUUGUGUUUCGACUUCGGCCUCGAAUUGGACGAAGACACCACCAAUGACUGUGCAGAGGGAGAAAGACCCCAGUUAAAGAUCGAAAUUCCCGCCAACAGAUAUGAUAUGUUGUGUAUUGAAGGUAUUGCCCAGGCACUCAAUGAGUUCUUGGGCAGAAGGGAAGCACCCAAGUAUGUGUUGGAACCAGCAAAGCCCGAAAUCACCAUGACCAUCGAAGAGUCUACUCAGCAGAUUAGACCUUUCGCUGCCGCUGCCAUAUUGAAAGGUGUAGAAUUUGAUGAGAGAAAAUAUGCCUCCUUCAUUGCCUUGCAAGACAAAUUGCACACGAAUUUGUGCCGAAACAGAACAUUGGUUGCCAUUGGUACUCACGACUUGGACACAUUGACUCCACCAUUUGUAUACCAGGCGUUGCCUCCUAAGGAUAUCAAAUUUGCACCAUUGAACCAGGAAAAGGUCAUGGACGGUGCUGAGUUGAUGGAGUUUUAUGAAAGCGAUAAGAACUUGAGCAAAUACUUGCAUAUCAUCAAAGAUUCUCCAGUGUAUCCAGUGAUUUACGACUCCAAGAAAACCGUGUGCUCCUUGCCACCAAUAAUCAACUCCAAUCACUCCAAGAUUUCCUUAAACACCAAGAAUGUCUUUAUUGAAGUCACAGGUACUGACAAAACCAAAACGGAAAUUGUCAUUGAGCAGAUGGUGGCCAUGUUCUCUUGCUACUGUAAGAAGCCAUUCGUCAUCGAGCCAGUCCAAAUCAUCUCUUCUCACAACAAGCAAGACAGGGUUACUCCUAACGUCACCCCCAGAAAUUUCAAGGCGGAGGUUUCCUACAUCAACUCGUGUUUGGGCUUGAACUACAGCGGCGAGCAGAUCGCCAAAUUGUUGAGGAGAAUGUCCCUUCACGCCACACCUUCUUCGAGCGAUAAGAACAUUCUUGAUGUCGCUGUUCCGAUCACCAGAUCCGAUAUCUUGCACCAGUGUGAUAUCAUGGAGGAUGCUGCCAUCGGGUAUGGCUUCAACGAUUUGAAGAAGACAAAGCCCCAGAGUGAUUCCCUCGUGGCAGCUCCCUUGCCAGUGAACAAGGUUGCUGAUAUUAUCAGACUUGCAUCGUCACAAUCCGGAUACUUGGAAGUGUUGCCAUUGACGUUGUGCUCGCAUGAUGAGAAUUUCAAGUUCUUGAGACAGGUUGACGAUGGUAAGACAGCAGUCAAGUUGGAAAACCCCAAGACAUUUGAAUACCAGGUAGUGAGAACUACCUUGUUGCCAGGUAUCCUUAAAACCAUUAAGGAGAACAGAAAGCACUCGUUGCCCAUCAAGGUGUUUGAGUGUGGAGACAUUGUGAAGAAGGACGACAGCUUGGAGAGAGGCGCCUACAACCAAAGAAACUGGAGUGCUAUCUACGCCGGUAAGCACUCUGGUUUCGAAUAUGUUCAAGGCUUGCUAGGUAAAAUCAUGCAAACGGUGAGGACACCAUGGAUUGAGAAACCAAACGAGAAUAAGUCCAGAGGAUACUGGAUUGAGCAGGACGACGCCAACACCACCUUCUUUCCAGGUAGAGGUGCCAAAAUCUUCUUCAGAGUCAGCGAAGGUGCAGAGCCUCAACACAUUGGUGCUAUUGGAGUUUUGCACCCUGAAGUGUUGGGCCACUUUGAGAUUCCGUAUGCCGCCUCGUCCGUGGAGAUCAACGUCGAGGUCUUCUUGUAA